UUCUGUAAAUGGCUAGAAAUAGCUGCUUCGGCUACCUAACUUUGCUCUUACUGACGCUGACUGGUUCGCCUAUCGCUGCGCAACACGCGCCGCACUGGUGGGAUAAUCGCAACUCGAUUGUACACCUCUUCGAGUGGAAAUGGGCGGAUAUAGCUAAAGAGUGUGAACAGUUUUUAGCGCCGCAUGGCUUUGCCGGUGUGCAGGUCUCACCCGCUGCCGAGAAUGUCGUGAUCGCCGGCCGUCCAUGGUGGGAGCGCUACCAGCCAAUCUCUUACAGACUCAUCACACGCUCCGGCAAUGAAACCGAGUUCGCCGAUAUGGUACGAAGAUGCAACGAUGUAGGCGUGCGCAUCUACGUCGAUGUGCUGCUCAAUCAUAUGGCUGCCUCCAAUGAGGGCAUCGUGCACGGCACAGGCGGUUCGUUUGCCUAUCCGAGCGCAAAGAAUUUUCCAGCCGUGCCUUAUGUUGAAAGCGAUUUUCAUCCAACCUGCGAUAUUGAAGAUUGGAAUGAUCGUUUACAAGUGCAAAAUUGUGAAUUAGUUUGCUUGAAGGAUUUAGAUCAAAGCAGCGAAUGGGUGCGUGAACGUCUGGGGGACUUCCUAGAUCAUUUGAUUGAAUUAGGCGUGGCUGGUUUUCGUGUGGAUGCGGCCAAGCAUAUGCCAGCUGACGAAUUGAAGCUAAUCUAUGAAAGCGUGCGCGAUCUCAACAUCGAACAGGGUUUUCCGCGCAAUGCGCGCCCUUUCAUCUAUCAAGAGGUCAUCGAUCAUGGACACGAAACUAUCAGCAAAUACGAGUAUAGCCCGCUCGGCGCGGUCACCGAAUUCCUUUUCUCCGAGGAGAUUAGCGGCGCCUUUCGCGGUCACAAUCAGCUCAAGUGGCUGCAAAGCUGGGGUACCGCGUGGGGUUUUUUACCAUCCGUGAACGCCUUCGUCUUCGUCGAUAAUCAUGACAACCAACGUGGGGGCGGUAACGUCCUCACCUAUAAAACUGCCAAGCAAUACAAAAUGGCUACUGCUUUCAUGCUCGCCUACCCGUUUGGCAUCUCACGCAUUAUGAGCUCAUUUGAUUUCGUAGACCACGAUCAAGCGCCUCCAGCUGAUGCUGAUGAGCAGUUACUUUCCCCCACAUUCGAUGAAGAUGGUGCUUGUGUGAACGGUUGGAUCUGUGAGCAUCGUUGGCGUCAAAUCUAUAAUAUGGUGGAUUUCAAAAAUGUGGUGAGUGGCACCUCGUUAACCGGUUGGUGGGACAAUGACGAUAAUCAGAUCGCUUUUUGUCGUGGCGAGCGCGGUUUUAUUGCCUUCAAUGGCAAUAAAUGGGAUUUGAGGGAACGUUUGAAUACUUGCUUGUCAGCAGGUGUGUACUGUGAUGUGAUUUCGGGUGCGCUCGUGAAUGGCAAUUGCACUGGCAAGUUCGUGGUAGUGGAUGAUUCGGGCUAUGCUGAUAUUGUAUUGGCUGCAGAUGAGUUCGAUGGUGUGUUCGCCAUACAUGCAAAUGCGAAGCUGGAGAAUGCAGUCGGUGACGUAAUCACUGAAAAUUUUAUCGACAAGAUGCUAAGCACCGAGGAAACGUGGGACAUCAUCAGUGAUUUUGUGGGACUUUUAUUAAGAAGUGAUUUUUAUGACAAAGGAAGAAUAUAA